AUGUCCGCCGACCACCUACGCGUCAUGCGGCGGUGCCGACGGACCACCACCACCGCAGCCCUCCUCUUCUUCCUUAGUGUUCUCCUUUUCCACCAUCGUCCCGUGAACGGCAGCAAUGGCAGCACAGAUCUAAAGGCUUACCGGGUUUCUCGUCCAACUUUCUCUGCCGCUUCUCAGCUGCGGCAGUGCACGCAGCUGCAGGACCUCGGCAACUACGGUGUCAAUCUGAACCUGUUUGCACCCAAAAGCGUCUAUCUCAAUGGCGAGUACUUUUGUGCCGAGAGUGCACCAGCUCAGUAUCGCUGCAGGUGCGGUGUCGCCACCACGUGCAAGCCGAUGCUCGAUCCGUGGGAGCGCAACAUUGGCUCCUGUGACUGCUGCUCAUCGUGGAUGAUUAGCUGCUUUGUCAUACUGGGCGUUUUCUCAGCCAUUAGCGUCUUCGGGGCGGUGUACGUGGUGGGGUGUCAGGGCAAGUGGUGGUGUGAUGGGUAUACACCUCUGAAGACGGCGCUUAUACCGAGACGUGGGCCGGCGGUGCGCUGCCCGCCGUCGCGGCCGCUGCCGCAGAACCUCUUCCGCGGGUACGCGUCCGCUGACUUCACAAACGCCGAGGCGUUUCCUGAGAUGCGUGUGAGCGCAGUUACAGCGCCCACAUCGCCUCCGGUGAACACCCCCGGCGUUGAUGAUCCCAACCAUGGAGGUGUGUUCGGCUCUGACGCCGAGGAUGGCGAGGCGCGCGCGGUACCCCCUGCUACCUCCGGAGUUGCGCCACCCUAA